AUGACCAAGCAUUUGCUCGUCCUGUCGACUGGUCAACACGUUGGUAAGACAACGCUUAGUCUUGGACUUGUGAAGACACUGCAGAGCAAGUUCCAGGGAUCGGGAAAGCAGCUGGCGUACUGCAAGCCUGUGGGACAGCAGCACGUGGCUGUGGGCGGAGGGCUUCGAGUCGACAAGGAUGCGUUCCUGUUCAAAGAGCACUUUGGGCUUGUGCAAGAGUACAAGGACAUGUCUCCCGUCAUCUUUCCCAAUGGCUUCACGCGGGAUUUUAUCGAUGGCAAAGUGACAUCACAACAGCUCAUGGAUUCAAUCAAAGUAGCACAUCAAAACUUGUACGAGCAAAGUGAUUUUCUUGUUUGUGAAGGAACGGGACACACUGGAGUUGGUUCCAUUUGUGAACUCAAUAAUGCACAAGUCGCAGCGGAGCUCAAGCUUGACGCAGUUUGCGUGGCUCUCGGUGGAUUGGGCUCGUCAUUUGACCAGCUGGCAAUGAACCGGGAGAUGCUAAAGCAGAAUGGAGUCCGACUACGAGGUGUAAUCCUAAACAAGGUUAAUCCGAACAAGAUGGACAUGAUUAAGGACUAUUACUCGCGAGCUUUGAAACGCUGGGACAUUCCACUCGUGGGUUGUAUUCCCGACUUGAAAGAUCUGUCGUGUCCGACAAUGGCGGACUACGCCAAGCUGCUCAAAUCGAAUCUCAUUUCUGGCAAGAGUGCAAGCCUGCGCUAUUUCAGCAGCACACGACUAGCACUGGCUCCUGUGGAUGACACGAACCUUUUCAAGGCCAUCCCGAGCCAACUCGUAAUCACGCAUAGCGGGCGGAAGGACGUGAUCGACGCGAUCAUUGGCAACGAAGAAGCAUCUUCUACGCACGGCAGGAACCUCAAGUCGGGCCUCAUUCUUACCGGUUGGAAUCCGCCAAGUUCUGAACUCGCACAGCGUCUUGACGCGGACAAUAUCCCGUGCAUCUACGUUUCACCGGACAAGGCAGACAGCUACACGAUCACGGCACAAAUUUCACAAUUCACGGCCAAAAUUCGACGUGACGAUGUUGAUCGGAUAGAAUUGGCAGCAGAUCACGUCUCCAAACACUGCGAUUUUAGUUUUCUAGACGAGUAA